GUUUGCCCGGCUCCUCCUCCGGGCCCCGGUCCUCCAGGCGCGGGCGGCCCCUCCUCUCACUCCCGCAGCUUCCCUCGGUCCCACCGCGCCGGGUGGCGCACCUUGCGUGCCGGGACUCGCGGGCUGGGCGCUCCGCUUCCCGGGUCCAGGCGCGGCCCCGCAGUCCUGCCCCGGGGGACCCAACCCGGCGGGGUGGCCCGGUGGCCUGACUCGAGCAGCCCAGCCCCUCGGCCUUGGCGCCCGCCCGCCCCAGCACAGGCCUCCGAGCUGCGGGUCCCGGGGGGCUGGGCGGAGCAAGGAGGGUGCGGCUUCCCUCUCUCCUUCCCUCCACCCCGUGGCCGCAUCCUGGCCGGAGCUCAGCUUCCCGCUGGCCUGGGGGAUGUCGGUUUCCCUCCCCGCCCCACUCCCCAUCCUGUUCUAUCUAUUCCCUCUCUCCACAGAGGCAGAGGUGACCUAGUCUUGGAAGUUCAGGCCCUGCCCUUCUCAGUGGGGCCUGCGAGAACACAGGUGCCACUGAGGCUGGGGGCGGAGGUGUAGGGGCAGCUCUGUGGACCUCUCCAGAGCCCUUUCCUUUCCUGAAGCCACUGCUCUUAUCCCUGCUAGGGAUAAGCUGCUAGGUCCUGGGAGGCCACGUGGCCCCCUGGCUUACUCAGACGGAGCCAGGAGAGUGCCGCUGCCUCCCUGGGGCCGGGUCGGCUCUGCCCUCCUUCUCCUACGUCGAUCCAGAAUCUGUCACUCGGUCAUUUCAUUUGCCCACAGGUUUAAGGCCAGGCCUUGUGCCUAACUCUCUGCCAGGCUCGGGUGGGGGGGUGGGGGGGGCGGUCCUCACUUGCUGACCUCGGCACCAAAGGGAAUUAAAUAAGGUGGGGGCAAUCUCUCCUGUUCAGGGAGUGCCACUGAGCUGAACCCUGAAGGAUAAAUGAGAUUCCUGUAGGAGGAGUAUGACCAGGAGAAUAGGCAGGAUGGAGGGAACAGUGUGAGGAACAGCCUUGGUGUGUGGCCGACAUAUGUUUACAUGUGCUAGACACUAGUUUGUGAGACCCCAGGAAGGCAGUUCUGCAUCACAGAUGUCCUCAGCUCUCUCCAGUGCUCAAGAAAUACCUGUUGAUGUGAAUUUGAAUUGAAAGGAAGAGCCCUGAGCAUGUUAUUAUUCUAUUAUCACCAUUAAGAAAAGGUCUGGCCCCGUAGAGGGAUGUUACCCGCACUAGCUCUGAUCCCUCCAGCCCUUGGAGGGCAAGCAGCCAUGAGCCUGGUGGCCUGCGAGUGUCCCCCGGGCCCUGGCCUGGAGCCUGAGCCUUGCUCCCGAGCACGGUCCCAGGCCCGCGUGUACCUGGAGCAGAUUCGCAACCUGGUGGCCCCCGGGGCCCCUGACGUGACCAAGCGCGACUACCUGGUGGAUGCAGCCACGCAGAUCCGGCUGGCCCUGGAGCGCGAUGUCAGUGAGGACUACGAGGCAGCCUUCAACCACUACCAGAACGGCGUGGACCUGCUGCUGCGGGGUGUGCACGUCGACCCCAACAAGGAGCGAUGCGAGGCUGUGAAGCUGAAAAUUACCAAGUACCUGCGGCGGGCCGAGGAGAUCUUCACCUGCCACCUGCAGAAGACCCUGGGCGGUGGGGCCGGCCCCGGCACGGGUUUCAGCAGCCUGAGGCUCCGGCCCAUCCGCACACUGAGCUCUGCCCUGGAGCAGCUGAGGGGCUGCAAGGUGGUUGGGGUCAUCGAGAAGGUGCAGCUGGUCCAGGACCCAGCGACCGGAGGGACCUUCGUGGUAAAGAGCCUGUCCAGGUGUCACGUGGCGAACCGGGAGCGGCUGACCAUCAUCCCGCACGGCGUCCCCUACAUGACGAAGCUGCUUCGCUACUUCGUGAGUGAGGAUUCCAUCUUCCUGCAGCUGGAGCACGUGCAAGGGGGCACGCUCUGGUCCCACCUGCUCUCCCAGGAGCAGCCCCAACAGUCUGGGGGCAGGUCUGGCUCCAGCCCGGAGAGGAUGAAGGCUCCGCUCAACUCACCCCUCGGCCUCCAGACCCCAGCACUGCUCCCCCUGGGACCCACCUGCCUGCCAGACAGAAUCCUUCGGGAGCUUCCACGGACUUCUCAGAGCCUUCCCCCAGCCAGGGAGGCCCCACCCAUCACUCCCCAGAGAGAGGCUGAAGGUGACCCCUCCGCCAGGACCCAUGCUUCCUGCUCCUUGGACCUUCUUAAGUCCCCAGGUGGCCGCCUGCACCUCCAAGCCAGGCGGCGACCUGGCCAGAGCUUGGACGUGAGGCCCUCUUGGGGGCUCCCUUGGGUUCAUCAGGGGGCUGUCCGGGUGCUGGGGGCCUGUGGCCGAGGCAGAAGUCCGAGCCACCCCGUAGCAGCUAGGGCCCGACCAGGGUCUGGCCGGGGCGCCUGGACGGUGAAGGAAGAGCAGGUGAAGCAGUGGGCGGCUGAGACCCUGCUCGCCCUGGAGGCGCUGCACCAGCAGGGGGUGCUGUGCCGAGACCUCAAUCCCCGCAACCUGCUCUUGGACCAGGCAGGUCACAUCCGGCUCACGUAUUUCGGCCAGUGGGCAGAGGUGGAGCCCCACUACUGCAGGGAGGCCUUGGACAAUCUCUACAGUGCCCCAGAGGUGGGUGGGAUUUCUGAGCUGACGGAAGCCUGUGACUGGUGGAGCUUUGGGUCUCUGCUGUAUGAAAUGCUGACCGGAACCGCCCUGUCGCAGAGCCACCCCUCGGGAAUCCAGCCCCACACCCGGCUCCAGCUGCCCGAGUGGCUCAGUCGCCCAGCGGCCUCCCUGCUGACUGAGCUGCUGCAGUUUGAUCCUGCCCGGCGCCUGGGUGCUGGAGGCGGCGGAGUCAACAAGCUCAAGGCCCACCCCUUUUUCAGUACUACCCAGUGGAGCAAACUGGGGGGGUAAGAGGGGGCAGAGUGGGUCAUGGAAGCUGCUGGACUAGUCUGGAUCUUCUCUCCCCUCUGCCGCCCAGAGCUGGCCCGCCUAAUCAGUGACCCUCAGGCAAAGGUGGCAGUUGCUCAGCGCCACUCUUGGGCACCAUCGUAACCAUCGCUACUGCCCAGAAGGGGUUGGGCAUUCCCCAACCAGCUCUGGAGACCCUUUCUGGUCUCUGCUGAGGGGUAGAUCCCACCCGGCUGGGAAGCUCGGACCCCUCCGCCCAUCCAUCCUCCAACCGUCAGUCAACAGCUCCCUGUACCUUGACCGCAGACCUGCCAGGCCACAGGGUGCCUUCCGCAGCAUGAGCUCUGAGCUCCUGCCCGCCUGCUGAGUGGACGGCAAGGUUUCGUGACUCAUGAGCGGCCAUGUGCCCCACUGGGGACAUCUCUGGAGACUCAUCUCAGGAUACUGGUCCACUGGCCCAGUGGACCCAAACCAGGGCUGCCCUGCCUGCCCUGCCUGCUCAUCUUAGCCGUGCAACUCGGCCUCUUCCCCCUCCCAGGCUAUUCCUACACGGGGUUGGAGGGUGGGGGACAGGAUGAUCCACUCCCCAACCUGACCGUGCCCUGUCUUAUGACUUCAGACUGGAGAACAAAAGGCAAGCAGGAGAGAGAAAUAAGGAUAAGCAUCAGGGGAGAGGAAGGCACAGCUCUGGCACUUAGAGUCAUUCUGAAAACAGAAUAAAGAGCUCUCUUCCCCAGCUAGCCCACGGUCUUGAGGGGCCAUUCAAUUCACCGCCCACUGUGACUUCACAAAACACUUGGAAUGAUUGCCUAAGCUUUUAGCCAGAAGCAAAAUGUUUCUGGUCCCUGAAGAGCUGGGGUAAGUAGUUACCCCAAAGACAAUCCCCUCCCCAGGUUUGGGGGUCCUCUGAUUCCCCUCGGGGCUUAUCCUGUCACUGGGGUGUGGCACCUAAGAAGGAAAUUUCCACCAGACCUCUGCCCCCAACUCCUUCCUUCCAGUGUCUCCACCACCACCAGGGGGCGCCUCCGACACUUCUCCAGUCUGGCUGUGAAGGUCCAACUCUAACUCUAUGGGUAGAGACCAGUCCUGCAGAGGGCACACGGGGGGAACACAGCCUGCGCCUGCUUUCCCUGGGCCUUGCCCAUACCCCCUACUCCCCAAUAAAGCCUGCCAUUACCUGUGGUGUCCUUGCCUCCUGAAUGCAACCAGAGCAGCCCUGCCAGAAGGGAGAGAUUGGAAGACUCCCCCCGAGAUGCCCCACGCUACUCAAGAGUGAGCUUGGAGUCCCCUAAGAAGGUACAAGUUCUGAAUAGCGAAGACAGAGUAGAUGCUGCAGGCACUCAGUAUCGGCUCCCAACCCUUCCCCCCCGCCCCCCCAGGCCUUGCUUCUCCGCUCCAGCUCCAGAUCCCAAGGAGCUCCAGAUCCCAACGGGCACGGCACUAAGUCAGCGGCUCCUGGUGUCCAGUGUCAGCAGCCUCAGGCCUGGAUGCAGUUGCAUACAAA